AAUCUCGAAAAUCCUAAUCAUCAUUUCCAUCCUGCGGCCGACUCAGAGAAGAGAGAACGCAAAAAUGAAAUGGGCGCGCCACUUUCCUCCGACCUCCGCUCCAAAUACAACUUCCGGUCCAUGCAGGUUCGCAAGGACGACGAGGUCCAAGUGGUCCGCGGAACUUACAAAGGGCCUGAAGGGAAAGUGGUUGAAGUCUACCGUCGCAAAUGGGUCAUAAACGUGGAGCGAAUCAGUCGUGAGAAAGUCAAUGGGUCAACUGUUAACGUGGGCAUCAACCCUUGGAAGGUUGUGAUUACGAAGCUGAGGCUGGAUAAGGACCGGAAGAGUUUGUUGAAUAAGAAGGCGAAAGGAAGGGCCGCCGCUGAUAAAGAUAAGGGUACUAAGUUUACUGCUGAGGAUAUUAUGCAGAGCGUUGACUAAGUGAAAGAGGUUUUUUUUUUUUUUUUUUAAUUUAUAAUUUCAUAUGGGAUAUCUAGACUUCAUUGUAACAACUUUUUGAUGGUUGAAUGUUAUUUUCUAAAUGUUGUGCUAAUUGUUUACUUUCUUUUGGGUGUUUCUAUUUUGUAUUAAUGCUGUACUUGAAUUGAGGUGAUGAACCAAUUUAUUUUGUGAUGUUUGGUACUUAUUGUUGUGUUCUGUUGAAAUUAAGUGUUUUUCUAUAGGGCAAUUUCAAGUCUCUAAUUUUUGUCUUGUUGGUUUAAUCCCAGAACAUCAAGAACCGUAUAGCAAAAAAUGUUAGUGUCAAGAACAUCAAGUCUUUCUAUGUCUUGUUGGUUUAAUCCAAAUGUUGUGCUUGUGUGAUUUUUGGUCUGUUGAGUUCUGUUGAAAUUAAGUUUAUUUAUUUAUUUAUUUAUGCCAAUAAUUAGCUAAUUGGCCAAUUUCAAGUCUUUCUGAUAUCUAUGUCUUGUUGUUUUAAUCCCGAAACAUCAAGAACCAUAUAGCACAAAAUUCCUAUGAGAAUGUUGGCUUUGGAUCACAUAGAUGAGUUUUGAUUGAAGUGGCAAUUAGUUUACUUCUAACUGCAAGUUUUGUG